AUGACUUCAUCUACUGUCGCUCAACAUACAACACAACCAUUAAAUUUUGGACCCGAAUGGCUUCGAGCAUUAUCAACACCAGAUUCAGCAACAUCAAUUCCAUCAUCUAGUGGUAGUGGUAGUGGAAAUAUAUUUAAAUUUGCAGCAACAAAAUAUCGUUAUUCAAAAGAUGAAAUUUUAGCAUUACGUGUUAAUGUUUCAGAACGUUUAAAUGAAGCUGUCAAAAAUGAAAUCAUUGAAAAUUUAAAAGAUGUUGAAAAUGUUUUUCGACCAAAUAUAAUGGAUCCAUUAUCUUUAACUGCACCAACUUCUGAAGAAACUGCUAAAAUGAAUGCACUAUCAAGUUAUAUAUCUGGUCGAACACCAGGUGGUGCUGGUCGUGCUGGACAUAAUUCUCAACAAUCACAACAAGAUUCACGAAAUACUCGUCCAAUGUCAAAUGGUCGAGGUGGUUCAAGAGGUCGUGGUGGACGUGAUCAUACUUAUGGAUCAAAUCGUCCUAAUACUACUACUACUACUAAUAAUAAUAAUUCAGAUGAUAAUGGUGAAAAUGGAAAUACUGGUGAUGAAACAACAUCUGGACAAACAUCAUCAUGGUCUCGUAGUAAUUAUCAUACACGUGGUGGAUCAUUUGGAAAUCGAGUACGAUCUUAUGAUGAUCGUGAACAAUCACAAACAUUUCGUCGUGGUAGUACACGUCAAACAUCAGAUGGUUGGCGUCGAUCACGAGGUGAUGAUGAUGAUAGUAAUCAACAAAGUGAAGAUUCAUCAACACCAAUUAAUAGUUCAAAUUCAUGGACAUCACGAGGUGGACAAAUAAGACGUGGUGGUGGAUCAAUGGAACAACGUACAAAAUCAAAUGAUAAAUGGAAUUCUAAUGAUGAUCGAUCUGGACCAUCGAAUAGUUAUGAAUCAAAUCAACAACGUAGUGGUGGAUGGCGAACAAAUUCGGAUCGUGAUCUUAAUUUACGUCGUCCACAACUAAAACGAGAUCGUAUGCCAGAAUGGAUGGAUGAUAAUAAUGAUGAUGAUGAUGAUAAUCAUUUAAGUAAUGCAACAUUUGAACAUGAUGGAACAUUUACUAGAUCAUCAACAGUUCGACAAAAUAGUAGUAAUGAACAACAACAACAACAACAAUCACAAUCAACAUCAGAUGAAUCAUUAUCACAAAGCAAUAUUGAUUCAUUACGACAGAAAGAAGAAAUUCAACCUGAAAAAUCAACACUUAAAGUAGAUACAGCUGUUGCUAAUGUUCCAGUUGCAACAGAACCUAUUGUAUCUCAAUCAACACCUCCCGUACAACAAUUUCUUCCAUCAUGGGAUGAUGAUUAUGAUCAAAGUGAUGUUGCAACAACUGUAGUCGAAGCAACACUUGCUGAAGAUCAUGAUUAUUCACCUCCAAUAUCAACACAUCCAACACCUCGUCUUAUUUCAAUGGAAUCAACAUCACAUACAGUAUCUAAUAUUCCACAACAACGAACACAAGUUAUCAUUGAUGAUAAACAAUGGUUUUAUAAAGAUCCGCAAAAUACUGUACAAGGUCCUUUUUCAUCUGCUGAUAUGGAACGUUGGUUUGCUGCUGGAUAUUUUACUAUUCUUUUACCUGUUAAACGUUUGGGUGAAACACAAUUUUCAACUAUACAACAAUUAACAAAAGAAUUGGGUCGUUUACCAUUUCGUACUGAUGUUUCAUCACAUCCAUCAACACCUGUACAAAAACAACAACAACAACAACAACAACAAACGAUUGUAUCUGAAUCACAAAAAUUUAAUCCAUUACCAUAUACAACAUCAUCAACAGUAAAUAAUGCUUUUAUUGAUGAUUAUCUAAUGCAACAAUCACAAUCAAGACAAAAUCUACAGCAUUCAUUAAUGUUCAAUAGACAAACAUCUAUGCCAGUAUCAACAAAUGAUCGAAAACCAGUAUCAUCUUCAUCGAAUAUAUCUCCUCAAUUACAAGCAUAUUUUAAUUCUCAACAACAGUCAUCAUCAUCAUCUCUUUUUUCAUCAAAUUUGGUUCCGGAUCCUGCAAUAAUUUAUCAACAACAAUUACAACGAAGUUUAUCAUCAACAAAUCAACAACAACAACAACAAUCAAAUUCAAUGUUAUAUGAUGAUAUGCAACGUUCAUUUCGUCAUCUUCCAUCACAAACAACAUCAACAAAUAAUUCAUCAUAUUUUCCUUCAAAUAUAUCUCUAUCACAACAACAAACGAAUGAUAAUAUAAUGGCACGUUUAUCUCAAGCAAUGCAAACACAUGGUAAAUUACAACAAGAAAAACAUGAAGAACAACGUCGUCUAGAACAACAAAGACGUGAAUUAGAAUUUGAACGUAUUAAAUUAUUUCAACAAGCUGAACAAAUACGUUUACAACGUGAAGAAGAUGAACGACGUCAAUAUGAACAACAACAAGAACUACGUAAAAAACAAGAAUUAAACAAUAAUAGACAUAUAAUAUUUGAUCAAUUAACAAAAACAAUUGAUAAUAAAAAACAAUCCACUAUGGAUAUGGAUCCAUUUUUAGUAUUUCAACAAUCAAUUCAAUAUCAAAAAGAACAACAAGCAAAAAUUGAAGCACAACAAGCGGAAAAUGUACGUCGAUAUCAAGAAAAAUAUCGUGAACAACCUCAACAACAAACAAUGUAUAAAAUACCUGAAACAACGAAUUGGACUCGACAUCCAUCACAGACGAAUGAUUUAACACAAACAUAUAAUUUUGCUGAAAUUCAAAAACAAGAACAGGAAAGACGUUCGAGAGAAGCAGCUGCUUUUGCUCAUCAAUACGCUAAUUCUCAGACUUUACCUCUACAAAAUUCCGCUUCAUCAUCAUCAUCAACCAAUAAAUCAGGUUCAUGGGCUCAAACAUUAUUUGCCAGUAGCAAUAGUGGUAAUAGUAAUGUUUCAUCGACAUCAAGUCAUAUAUUGUCUGAUCAUGAUACAAAUGAGAAUAUAUUAACUGAAUCAUCAUCUAUAGCAUCUUAUAAUCAACAGGCAACAAAUGCGGUACUGUCUCUUUUAAAUAUUCAUCCUAAAUCUCGAUCGGCAACUAAUCAACAGUCAACAUCAUGGAAUGGUCCUAAUAAUGUAUCUAAUACAUCAAUUCAAGAUAUUCAAAGACAACAACAACAACAACAACAACAAACACAGAACGAAGCAAUACAACAACAACAACAACAAUCACAUCAUAUAACAUCUGGUCAAUCGUCAACAACAACACCUGUAUGGACUGGUAAUGUUCAACAUUCGAUUCCAUCUCAACAGUCACCAUCAGCUUUCUUAUGGGCUAAUCAAAAUUCUUCAUCAUUAAAUAAACCUAUGACAACAAAUACCAAUAAAUCAUCAACCCCAUGGACUGAAUUAAAACCCACAUCAUCAUCAUCAUCGCCAUCAUCAACAACAACAAUAACAUCCGGAAAAAUAAAUCUAACUAAUGAUGAGACAACAAAAAAUGAGCAUGAAACAAAAUCUGUAAUUAAUACAACACGUACUCAAGAUGCUUUAUCAAAAUGGGCUCAAACUCAAUUCAAAGAUAGUUUAAAAGAUGUUGAUGUGCCAACACUUGUUCAAUUAUUAAAAGAUAUUAAUAAUGCUGGUGAAAUUGUUGAAUAUGUGCAGCCAUAUAUUGGAACAGUUAGUAAAGCUAAAGAAUUUGCCAAUGAUUUUCUUUUAAAACGAAAUCAAUUAGCUAAUGCUGAGCCUGACAUGGAUAAUGAACGUUUAAAUGAAUUAGUUAUGGCACCAACAUCAUCUAAUGAUAAUAGUGGUAGUGGUUGUGAUGAAGGUUUUCAAUUAGCAUCAAGUAAUGGACAAAAGAAAAAAGCAAAAAAAAUGAAAGGACAAAAAAUCGAUGCUAAACAACUCGGUUUUGUGGUUAAUAAUCGACCAGAACAACGAGAUGAUAUUGAUAAAGUACCAAUAUAA